AUGACCGAUGAUUCUAAUACUGCGGGGCUAUACUCACCAUCGGACGAUAGUGAAGGGCAAGUAUCUCCCGUUCUACGUGACUUUGUCAAUGAAACUCUUGCUCAUGAACGUGACCAUCCUGAGGACUCACCGCGUUCAGAGUUGCUUUCACCCAUUCAUGGAGCAGCUACUUCUCAUGACAGCCCGGCAGCUGUUGACCACCAUCAAGACUCUCGCUCCAGACGCGGACCAAGUCAGCGUUAUCGCCGUGAACGCGAAUCAGCGUACAGAGGCUUGGAUCAGCGCGAAGUCCUCCGUCUGCUAAUUGAACAUGAAUAUGAAGCUUCGAAGAUGCGCAAAACUUUAUACAUGGUCUUCUCAAAACUGGAAGCGGAAAUUCAGCGUUCCGCAGAAGCUGAAUCCCAGGCCCAGGCGUACAUCAAACGAUUCAAAGAGCUCAACGCGGAGAAACUCAAUGUUGAACGAGAAUCACAUACUCUAGAAGCAGAACUUACAUUGUAUAAGAUACAAUAUGACUUGGCGCAAAAGGAGAUCGUAAAGACUAGAGACACGGUGCUUGCAUUGCAAACACAGUUGGACGCCGCUGAAAAUGACGCAAGGAGGGCGAGAGGAGAUGCACGAAAGGUAAAAGAAGCAUUGGAAAUCUGGAAAGCACGAGAGGAAGGUAGGAGACAGGGCUUUGAGGCAGGCUGGAAUAGGGCUAGAGAAGAGUUCGGUGCUUUGAACGCUCAAACUGUGCUUGAGUAUGGGAAUGAGUAUUCAGACAACCUUCCACCACCAGAACUGUCCUCUUUUCAACGCACAGAUGCUCAGGGAUCCGGGGAUGGCGGGGAUUCAAUUUCUUACCGUACCUAUCCUCCCCCGGACCAGAGAGGCUUGCUGCAAUUUCCUGAGGUGCCAAUGGUACCAGCUUCGAUUUUCAAUGAUCCUCCCCCACAAUCUCUGCCCAUAGCCGAGUCCAUAUCGCGGCAUUCGUCGGUCUCUGAGCGUCCCCAGCAGGCCAUUCCCACCCACGUAUCUUCCCGGCCAUCUUCUACAAGGCCUGACAUGGCUACACCUGCGGUCCAGAUGUACUCUCUUCCAAUACCUCCUGCUAAUGAAGUUGAAUUCCACAACCGACCUCAAUCCUCAAUUCGACGGACCAAUUCUAAGCAGCCCCAACCACAACUUCAACCGUGGUUAGCUGAAACCCCAAUCACGCGAGCAUCUUCUCCCCGUCCCCCUGAUAAUUUCAUACCAGCUGCCUCUGAGGAUGGUCACAUUGCGUUGCCUCCACCUCAUGAAUUGGCAGAGUAUCCCCCGUCUCCGCAACCCACUGUCAAUACAUUGCCGGGCAAUACUGCUUACUCCAGUCAUGGCGGCGCAAGUAUGGAAGAGGGCCCUCGGCGAGAAUAUACCUCGUCAAAGGGAAAGGCCCGAGCCACUGACUCGUGGUACAAUCAUCGUGGUGAGGUGGACUCUCGUGCGCAUACCCCUGAUAUAGCAGUUGCAAAAGGAGUAUUGCGACCAGAAGCGUCUACUUCCUGGUAUCAAGAUCGACCUCGGCGCGCCUCCAUGAGUUCGAGAUAUUCUGCGAACUCCAGCGGUGGCUUGCUCGAUGCAUGGGGUUAUCCAAUACAAACAGAAACUAAGCGCUCGGGCGGGCUGGGAAAUACAUUGAAGAACAUCUUCAAAGGAAAGGGCAAGGAUGCUAGAAUGCUCAGUAUGAUCAAGGAGAACCCACUCAGUAGGCAAGGUAGUCUGAAUGUCGGCCCUGUGUUACCACCGUCUGUUGAGCCCUCGGGGUCGUUCAGGGGGCACACUUAUCAAGGAACUUCUCCAACUGGUUCCAACCAAAGGUUCACGGAAGAUAUCAGAUAUGAUAAUCCUGAUCCAACGAAGAGGGAGCGUCCUCGACCACUUGAGGAUACAUCGUCCUCUCAAGAUCGCCCACCGCGUAAUGUUCGAAUACCAGCACAUCUUACUGUUCCACCUUUGCUUGCAACCCAGCAACGAGGAGGGCAUGGGCGGGCAAUCUCCCUCGGAUCUGCUGAUCCAAGGUUCCACGAAAGUCCAUACCCUCCACAGACAGACACGAGCCGAUCUCGCAUUGAUGGACCGAGUUCACAGCAAGCAGCUCGUGGUGGUCCAAAUCGCUCUUCCAAAAGGGCCUCAAUGUCUGGCCAUUAUAUUGAUUCUACUAGUCCACCCGUUUCGAUAUCUGUUCAGCCUCCAUCGCAAUCCCCUUCAGAUGCACCCAAUGGUUUGCAUAGCGCGGCUCGGAGUGGAUCUGGUACCCCAGAGCUAUCAUAUCUCAGCUCAAACGAAUAUCCUGCGUCAUGGCCUGAUCGUGUUCGUCCCCGUUCUGCGUCAUUGAGUCAAGCAAACUAUUCCUCUUCGGCUUCUCCUAAACGACAAAAUUCCAAUAAUCCAUUAUCCCCACCUGAUCGGACUGGCUCUCCAGGCUUUUCAGAUCGUUACGGUCAGAACAAUCAAGCAUUGCGUCGGGCAAGGUCUCCCUCGAACGUAAAUUCCAUUCAUUCUCGUGCGCCUUCGAGGUCGAAUCCACAUCAACAUUAUGCAAGUACGGCUUCGUUUCAACAUACGCAGCCAUUAUCUUCUCUAGGCGGCGAUAAUCAGUCUGAAACCGUCUACGUAUCGGGGACGCCUGUUUCGUUCAAAAACAGGCCUCUUCUCGGAUCAAAUACAGCUCAUAAACAAUCCGGGUCUACAGAGGGAGGAGCGGGCUUGAAGCGAGUUAUGUCAAACCUGUCUGCGAAAUCAGCAGGUUCGCAGUACUCCCAUUUUGAUCCAGAGACGUAUAGAGAUCCUGCAUACUUCCCACUGGAUACAACAUAA